UGAGGUUUCCUUGAGAGAUUUUGGUACUUUAGACUUUAGAAGUUCUGGUGAUGGAAACUUGCACGCUGAACAGCGAGGAUCCACAAGACACAGUGAUUCCAAUGGACCAGCAAACGUCUGUUAUUAUCUUGCUCAAACACUUUCAGGAGAUGAAACGACAAGAGAAUCGUUUGCGUCUAUUAAUGUUCUCUCUGAUUCUGAGUUUUGCAUCUGUGUUUUUAAUUACGCACCACGUGAUAAAAUACAGCAUUGAGAAGGCUACACUCAAACCCACAGAAUUCGCAAGACAGCAGGCUAAAGAUCCAGAGCAGCAUCUGAUGUCUCAAAAUCAGAGCAAGCCAAGCAUUCACCUGACAACACCUUCAAACUGCAGUGUGCCUACUGAAUUCAUGAAAUGGGAGGCUCACAAAGGCUCGGUCCAUCAGCAGGGUUUCACCUACAAUGAGACGAGCAGGUCUGUGGUUGUCCCUGAGGAGGGCAAAUACUUUGUGUACGUGGGGAUGAACUUUCGAAACCAUUUAAAGGAAUCCAAGAUGAUCGUUCUGAAAGUUAUAAAAUACUCACUGAGCUACAAAGAUUGGGUAGAGGUCCUGGAAGUCAAGGAUAGCAUACCAGCUGAAAAUAGAAGGACAGUCUACACAGGACAAGUGUUGUCACUGAUGGAAGGGGACUUACUAAGGGUGUGGCUUGAUAAUAAAAAUUAUGAACUGAUUGAUUGUACAACAGAGAGAACCAUGUAUUUUGGUGCUUUUUUACUGUAGACCCAUCCUAAACUGCCACAAAAUAUAUAUUUAAAAUAUAAUUAUAUUUCAUUUAUUUAUAACACCCGAUAUCAUUUUUGAGAACCUAAAAGCUAAUCAGUCAAGCUCACAUUGAUUUUGAUAAUGUAUGAAUAUAGGAAUAUAUCAUAUACAGUCUAUAUCAAGUCUACACACCCUUAUUGAAAAUGAUGCUUUUGUUCAUGUAAAGGCUGAAAUCAAGACUUUGAAAUCACUUCCGACUUUAUUCAGCUUUAAUAAGAUAUUGUAACUAACAAUAUUUAAUUAAAAAACAUACAUAUUUAAUUAUAUAUUUUUUUAUACUGUCAAUGUCUUGGUUGCAAAAGUGUGUACACCCGUAAUAAUGGGAUUGUAACUAAGCUC